CGUCGGUCCCCAAUCCUCGCAGGAAUGAUGUCCCCUGUCACGUCAGCCGGCGCAACGGCCGCCCUCGGCCCUGGGUCCCACUACCGGCCCGACAACAACGCCGAGAUGGCCGACGCACAGGAGACCCUCGCCGCCGCGCCUGGCGUCGUGGGCUCCCCCUUGCAUGACUCCUCUGGUGUUGCCAGCCCCGGGGCGGCCACGGCCGCCGGUGGCGCCGACCCGCGCGGCGGCAGCAGCAACACCAACAGCAGCAACAGCAGCAGCAGCAACAGCAGCAGCGGCUCCGGAUGCCAGACGGCCGCGGCCGCGGCUGCCCCUGGCCAAGAAUCGCCCCCCCCCGGGGCCGGGGCCAGCGGCCUGGCCGGGCCCGACCCGGCGGCCAAGCACUCCGCCGCCCGGCCGGACUCCCGCGGCGCCCUCACGCACUUCGACGUGGCCGCUGCCAUGGAGGACGCCGAAGAUCUGCCGCCGGUGUCCGAGCGCCUGACCCCAGGCCCGGCCCCGGCUGGAGGCGCCGGCACCACCGGCACCCCCCUGUCGCCGAUUGCCGCCGGGAGGCGCGCCUCCCUCCCGCUGGCCAUGCACAUGCCAUCGGCCUCGCCCGGUGAGCAGGGCGCCGCCACCGCCGCCGCCGCCACCUCGGCCCAGCCGGCCCCGGUUCCCGGGGCCCCCGGAGCCGGCCCCGGCACCGGGCGGCGUUUCUCCGUUGCCGUCCCCGGGUCGGGGAAUCCGAUGAACGGUGCACGCAGCGGCGCCUCGCACUCCUCCGGGUCCAUGGUGGGCAAGUAUGUCUUGGACCGGGUCAUCGGCCAGGGCACCUAUGGCAAGGUUCGCUCUGCCACGGAUCGCCUCACCGGCGAGAAGGUUGCCGUCAAGAUCAUCGAAAAGAACUCCAUCACCAACGAGCGGCAGAUGCGCCGUAUCCAGAAGGAAGUCCGCUUCCUGCGACUGCUUACCCACCCGCACAUUGUCCGGGUGCACGACGUCCUGGAAACCCCCUCGUCCAUCCUCAUUGUCAUGGAGCACGCGGCCGGUGGCGAGCUCUUCGAUUACAUCGUCACCCGCCGGCGCGUGCCGGAGAAGGAGGCCCGGGCCUUCUUCCGGCAGAUCCUCUCCGCCGUAGACUACUGCCACCAGAACUUUGUCAUCCACCGGGACCUCAAGCCCGAGAAUCUCCUGCUAGACGAGAGCCGCCGGCAGAUCAAGAUCAUCGACUUCGGCUUCAGCAAUACCUACGACUCGGGUGACCUGCUGAAUACCUUCUGUGGCUCGCCUUUCUACGCCGCUCCCGAGAUGAUUCUCGGCAAGCGGUACACCGGCCCCGAGGUGGAUGUCUGGUCGCUGGGUGUCAUCCUCUUUGCCCUGCUGUGCGGACACCUGCCCUUCGACCAUGACGAUGUCAAGGAGCUCUACCGGCGCAUUGCCCACGCGUCUUUCGUCAUCCCGCCACACGUGUCGGCCGAAGCCAAGGACCUCAUCGGACGCAUGAUCACGGUCAACCCGAAGAGGCGCGCCACCAUGGCCGAGAUCAUGGCCCACCGGUGGGUGCUGGAUGGGUUUGACGGCCCGCCGGACAGCCACCUGCCAGCGCGCGACCCGAUCGACCCGGACUUUGUGGAUCCGCAGAUUGUCCAGCAGAUCGAGCGCUUUGGCUUCCGUGUGGAGAACCUGCUCGACCGGCUGACCGACCCGAACAUGCCGCCGAAUCCCGUCCGCUCGGCCUACUACCUGGUGAAGGAGCUGUACGAGCGCGAGGAGCGCCGCCGGUCCGAGGAGAUGGCCCUCCAGGCGGCCUUCAGUAACAUGCACAUGUAUCCGCCCGGCGGGGCAGCGGCGGCGGCGGCGGCGGCGGCGUCCGCUGCUGCGGCGUCCGCGGCGGGCACCGCCCCGCGCUCGGCCGAUGACGGGAGCCCCAUCCCGGGCGGGGGGUCACCCUCGCCGCCGACCGGCUUCCGGUCACCGGUCCCGCCGGUCGGGGCCGGGACCCGGCGCGCCGGGUCGCCAUACGACCCCAGCCGGUCGCCGACACCCACGGCCGGGAUGGGCCCGGGCCCGGCGCACCAUGCCGCCAGCCGGAGCCUGGACCACGGGGCGGCCGGGCCGCACCCGGGCAUGGCCCCUGGCGGCCCCCCUCCCCACAUGUACCACUCCCCCUCGCCGACGCACCACAUGCACCAUGCGCCGCCACACUCGCCGGUGUCCGGCCUCCCGCAUCACAUGCAGACCGGCCAUUCGCCCUAUGGCGCUGGCGGAGGGUUUGGCUCUGCCGGGCCACACCACAUGGCCGCCGGCGGCCCGAUCGGGGUCCCCUCAUCGCAGCAACAGCAGCCCAUCCACAGCCAUCUGCCACCGGGGUACCGGGCCGAUGUGCACGGGCGCCGGAGGAACUCCGUGCAGCCGCUCAUGUCGACCCCCACCACGUCCGGCCUGGCUCCGGCCGGGCCGCCGGGGCACCACCUGCUCCACCCGCAUGCGCACCCGGCGGCCGGUUCCGGUGGCGGCGCUGGCGGGGCCUCAGUCUCGCCGGCCGGCACCUUCGCCGCGCCGCACCACCACCCGCACCAUGUCAUGCCCGGGGCGGCCGGGUCGCACUUUGGCCCGGGCCAUGGUGGCCCGACCGCCGCUUCGUCAUCUGCCCAGCCGCCGCAGCAUUUGCCGGCGCCGCCGCGCCUCAGCGAGGCGGACGAGGACGCGCAGCACGGCUCCCCGGCGGGCGCGGGGCCCGGCCAGCCGCAGCCUCCAUCGUCCGGCUCCGCCGCCGCCGCCUCCGGCAGCGGCAGCAGCAGCAGCAGCAGCAGCGGCUCCUCCUGGACCCGUCGGUUCUCCCUGCCCUCAAACAACUUCGUCCCCCGGUCCUCGCGGUCUUCUUCGUCGCGCGGCGCGGCGGCCGCCACUCCCAUGCCCACCGUCCCCGAGGGAGGGGCGGCGCCGCCAGCCUCGGUGGCGGCCUCGCGGUCGCCCGGGUCUCCGGCUUCCGAUGCCGCCCCGGUGGCUGCCUGCUCGUCGUCCCGGCAGACCGCCACCACCGGCGCCGGCCCGCCCCAGUCCACCUGGAGCAGCCGCCGGCGGGGUUCCCUCUUCUCGGCGGCCCCCAUGGCCCCGCCCCAGUUCUACCCCGGGCAUCCGGACAUCGGGGGCGACGCGGUUCCGAUCGACAGCGAGCAGCACCAGGUCCGCACCGUGUCCCUUGGCUGGUUCUCCCUCUCGACGACGUCGGCGAAGACCGUCACCGAGAUCAUGACCGAAGUGGCGCGGGUGCUGUCAGAGAACGGCAUCAAGUAUGUCCUCGACAGCCCCUACGUGUUUGCCUGCGACACCGGGGACCAUCGCCUUCAGUUCGAGCUGGAGGUUUGCCGUGUCAAGCACAUGAACCUCCAUGGCAUCAAGGGGAAACGCCUUGGUGGCUCGAUCUUCCACAUGAAGAAGUUGACCGCCCGCCUCUUUGCUCAGAUGAACCUCUGAGCAUACGCGCGCAUGCCUCCGCCUCCUCCUCUCCUCAUGUGCCUUCCUUUCCUCCAUUCCCCCCCUCCCUUCUCCUCCACCUUCUCCUCCCCUCCUCCAUACAUACCAUAUACAUAAAUAUAUUUACACACACACACACACACAC